AUGGAAUUAAAAUUAUUGAUUANAAGACACAAGCGAAGUUCUACUGGUUUAAUAUAAGAGGUUGAAGAGAAUGCAUCUGUUUAAAUAAUCUAAUCAUAUUUUUAGAUGGUUCAAAAGAAUGUUUAAAAAUUGGAGAGAGAUGUAAUAAAUGCUGCAAAUGGCAAAUAAAUUGAUCCAUAAAUAGUAUAUUCUAAACUCAAGGUAUUGACAUCUAGAAUUGGAGAUAAUGAUGGUGAAUUAGUCUAAUCUAUUAAAGUGAUGCAGAAAUUACAAUAAGAAAUUUUAGGACUCUCUACUCCAUCUUAACAUAGAAAAACAAGUUCUCAUUAAAAUACUAGUCAUAGAUAUACUAAUUCUAGCAAUUAUGGAAAAAAUAUUGAGAAAAGUGAUUAGAGUAUAGGAGCAAUGCCUUAAGAGUUAAAAAUAUAUAAGAAAUUUUUAUGA